UGUCAUAUUUUCUUGUCAUGGAGUAAAAACGAGAGGUUACUUUAUUUAUCACUCAGCGUAGUUUUUAUUUUAUUAAUUCUAAUUGUGUUCUACGUUCUAUUAUGUAUUCUCAAUGUGGAAGUAGUGGAUCUAUUCAAAAUAUACACCAGACACCGUCUUCAUCAAACCACAACUCAGAAGAUGAGGAUGAUAGUGGCGACAACAAAGCGUCAGCGCUAAGCAGCUUCAAAGAAAGAAGGAGAGAAGCUCAUACUCUGGCUGAACAGAAAAGAAGAGAUGCAAUAAAGAAGGGAUAUGACUCUUUGCAAGAAUUGGUACCUACUUGCCAACAAACUGAUGCUUCAGGGUACAAGCCCAGCAAAGCUGCUGUUCUACAAAAAUCCAUAGACUACAUACAGUACCUAUUGCAACAGCGCAGACGGCAAGAGGAGGAGCGCAACGCUCUGCGCAAGGACGUCGUCGCUCUGCGCAUCAUGCAAGCCAACUAUGAGCAAAUUGUGAAGGCGCAGCAUUCAGUGCCAGGCCAUAGUGAACAGAGGCUUACCGACCAGGAUAAAUUUCAAGUGUUCCAGGGUAUAAUGGACAAGCUCUUUGACUCGUUCGAAGCUGUGCCCACGAGCAACUUCGCCGAGUUUUCCGCUGGCGUGUUCAACUGGCUCGAGGAAUACUGCAAGCCCCAAUCUCUGAGGACUUUGGUGCACGGCGUGUUGCGCGAACAAAGCUAUACUCCUUAGCUUCAAUUUAAGCUUAAAAUAUACAAUGCGCGAUGACUGCGUGUUCAACUUUGUAAUACAAGGGAUAGGAAUGUUGCAAACUAAUCAAAUCAGUAAAUCUUUAUCAAACGUCAAAACAGCGUUUAAUAUGUGGGCACUAAAAUAGAUACUCAUAUGAGUAAGCUGGAACUUGGAAGACAUGACCUAUACAUAAUUAUUUUUUGUACCAAUUCGAAGCAUCCCACCUAGCAAACCGAAAACUAAAACUGACACUUAAUGACAAAUCCUUUAAGUGUUGACAGUUGUCAGAAUGUUCAUUUCAGUCAUCACUAACAUUUAGUUCCAAGUACACUCACAUGACGCAAAAAUAGGCCGGCAAUCGCAGUUCCAGUGUACUUGUAUUAGUAGAGGUCAGUGUAUAAGAAGUUUUUAUGAAAUAGCGAAAUGUGAUGUCUUAACUUUUUGAUGUGCUUUUUUAGUUUAAUCGAUAAUUUAAAAUGGUUAUUAGGUAAGUUAAAACUAACAGUUAACGUCGAGUUAAAUAGCCUGAAAAAUCAUCUAUUCAUGAAAUAAUAAUUUAUUUUUGACAUAGGCAACAUCCCUAUUCGCAAACGCGUAAAAUGCGAAAUGCGUUCAUUGUGUCAUCUUGCUAUGCAUUUUCCGUCGCGCUUUGUGUUUGUUUUAGCCUUUAAGAGGGGUCUCUCCGUCACUCGCUCCAUACAAACGUAGUUCCAAUUUCAUUUGAAUAUUAAGCAACCAAAGUCCAUGAAAUUUUGCAGACACAUUCUAGAAAAUGUCUAU